AUGGCAUCGCUUGAUGGUGCCGAGACAAUCAAAUGGAGCCAUUUGCAUAAACGCAAAGAUGUGGAAGCUUCCGCCCUUGUCUUAGAUCUCAUUGCAUUUUGCGGAGAAACUUCCUGGCUACGCAAGCCCCUUAGAACAGACGCUCUUACUCAUCCAUAUAGUCAUACAGUGACAUAUACACGCUCUUCUUUUGCUAAUAGACAGUUUAAUAUCAGAGCAAUUUGA